AUCUCCAUGUUUCGUGCAUCAGAUCCACGCUGGACAUGUCGUAUGGAUUUAUACCGCUGGAUAGACUAUACGUCAACUCACCGUCCGAACCGUGUUAUUUCCUUAUGUGGGUUUUACUAGAGACCACCAGAGACUGUCCGAAAUCCGCAAAAAAUUGACCCCGAAACCGCCUGUGAAACCAUCCAAUUUCGUAUUUUCCUGUAAUUGAACUUUUCUUCGAACUCCCAGUUGAGAAAUUCAAUCAGGGGUUGACAAGACGCGGAUUUCCAUAUGAUUUCAGGGUAGACAAAAUCCUCAAAAUGCUUAUGCGGAGUCUUCUAAACUGGCUCGGGGUUUGUGCUGACUGAGCAAGUGUUGUUGGGAUUUUGGAAGCUGGAAUUGUUUUUUCAUCGGGCUGGGGUCGUGUGAGGGCCAUGGUCAGCAAUGCUUUCACAGUUCUUUCGAUGUUGGGGAAAGCUAGGGUUUGAAAAGUGUUCGGUGUUGUCUGUAGCUGCCUGCGCUGAGAAAAAUGCAGAAAUGAAGUGCGGGAAAUGUACCCAAGUGGGCUUUGUCUUCAGCCGAGGUAAUUUUCUGCGUGCUGUCUUCUGAUCUAUUUUGGACCUAGUUAUGGUUAUGAAAUAUGAGGUUUAGUAGAAUGUUUUUUAAGGGAGUUACUUAGGCUCACUUAGCAGAAUGACGUGGAUUUUUGUAAAGGGAGUUUGGUUAUAGACAGAAGAAAUCAGGUUUAGAUUUGGGUUGGAAGGACUUGUUUGGAAUAAUUAAGGUUCAUCAGAAGUUCUGUUUUUGACUGCUCUGAGUAGAAGGAACAUCUGAGGUUUAUAUAAGGAAAAGGGUUUUCAGUGAUGAAGGAGAAUAUUUUUCUCGAGAGAGAGUGAUUUGAACGGAGAAAUCAGUUACAGCAUUAGUGCAAGAGUUAACCUGGAUUAAUGAGGGCUUGCCAGAGUUACUAGGUUGGAGCCAAAUAGGUUAACUUGUAAGCUUCUGAGUUUUUGCGGAGAAAGCUUGGUCUUGUGUAGUAAAAACAGCAGAAUUAGAAAUGGGUUGGCCUUGGUUUGGUGGGCAACGUUUGAUAUUUGUGAAAGAUUAGUGUAUCGAAAGUUGGAUUUUGGUUUUCAACAGAUAAAGAAGUUCAGUGAUGGCUUUACCGGGGUUGGGUGAAAGGGCUUGAGGCUUGUGACGUUUGUUUUUGGAACUUUUAAUGGGUGGAACUUGGCUUUAGCCGUACAAGUCUGGUCUUUUAGGGAAGGGCGAGGAUCUUUUCACUGGUCACGUUUUGUUGGAAGGGCUUGUUUGGAUAAGACGAAUUGGAUCUGUUUGGGUUGAACAAAAGUUCUGUGACCGAUGUUUUCUCAAGAAAGCUUGGAUUACUACAGAAAAGAUAUAAGGUUUAAAAAUGGCGGUUGCAUUUUGGUGGGAAGGUUCGAGUAUUUUUGAAAUUUAAGGGUUUCAAGGUUAAGGUUUGACAAAAAAGCUCGGAGGAAGUUUCUGGUAGACAAGGUUUGUUGGGAGGGUUCCAGGACUGUGACGAUUUUUUGAACUUAUCAGGGUGGUUUUGAAGUCAUGGAAUUCCCCUUUUCAAAACAACCUCCAACAAUGCAAGCUGGAGGCAGUUCUGUCCGCAAGAACGUUUCUCCUAUUCCUAAUUCUAAUCCCAAAGCCUUUGAGAUUUUUGAGAGGAGAGGUGGUGUGGAAGCUUCCCCCCAAGGUUUGAGACACUUCAAUGCAAUUGAUCUGGGUGGCAGUGGCGAUAUUAAGAGGGAUCUGCGUCCUUCUACCAUGAACUUUGGGCAGGGAAUCCCUGCAGGAGAUAAUGCUUCUCUUAAUGGGGUUGAGUCUGAAAUGAUGCUUUCAUUGGAUGAGAUUCUGGAUGAUUUGCACAAGAAGGUUGUUUCCGUUGAUGUUAAUGAGUUUGGAGUUAGGGGGAACUCUGCAAAUCCUCUUGGUUUUGGGUCUGGAAAUCCUAUAGGUGAAGGUAGUGUUGCCAGCUUACCUCAGAGAAAUGAACAACAAAGGAGUGUGCAUGUAGGAAUACCCAAUCGACAUGAAGGAGAAGUAGCAGGUCCAUUACCAGUUUUACCCGCAACUGGCAACCAAAUCAGGUGUACCGUACCAGGUCCUUCAAUAACGGGAGAAAAAUAUAAGGAUGUUAUUAGAUCAGAGGUUGAAGGUGUGAACCUCGCUGGGGAUGUUGCUUGUCUACAAGGUAAUAGGCAACAGGAUCAAGCAGCGAAUUUCAGAGGAUCCAGUGAACAGCGUCAGGAAGAAGAUGCAGCUGUACAAGGAAUAAUUGAAUCAUCUAAGGGGGGAGCUUCAGGCUCACUUGAAACCAAUGAUCAGAGUAAGGGAGAAGUGACAGAAGUGGUUGUAAUCAAUGAUCAAAGUAAGGGUCAAACAUCUGCAUCUGUUGGAACUCCCAAUCAAAGUAUUAGCCAAGCUGCAGGAUCAGAAGACAUUCAUGACCAAGAUAAGGGCAAAAUGCUGGCACAGUCAGAUAAAGCUUUAGGGCCAGUUAUUGGGGGAGCACUGGAGCCUAUUUUAAGUACGCCCAGGAGAGGGAGACAAAUAUCACGCAAAUUCACUGAAAUUAUUCAGUCACCUGAUUGGUUACCUGAAGGAUGGUUUACUGAACUAAAAACCCGAGAGACAGGUUCAAGUGCUGGUACAAAAGACAAGUAUUUCUAUGAUCCUGUAUCUCAACGGCGAUUUAGAUCCAAAGCAGAAGUGUUCAGUUUUCUUGAGACUGGGAAGAUUGGAAGGUAUAAACCAAAAGCUAAGUCUGAAGGUGAAGUUGGUCGUAAAAGGAAGGUUUCUAGUGGUAUAUUCCAGAAUGCAGCCUCAUUUGACCCGAAUAUAAGGCCAACCAAAGUUAGAUGGGUUUUAAAUGACUCUGAAGGUUCUUGGAUUCCAUUUAUUAAUGAAGAUGAUUUGAAUGGAUUUAACAGUAAAGAAGGGGAAUGCACUUUUGAUCUGAAUAGCAACAGUGCGGACGCAUGUAAAGAAUGAUCAUGUACAGGGGGAAACAACAGCCUUAAAGGACAGACGUUGGUCAACAAGCCUUAAAAGCAAUACCAUUAAGUCCAGAACUAGCCCCUCCACAAGAAAAAAAGUUCCAAAGAGGGAUUUGCCUGUGUCAAACCCUUGUUUUGAAUAUGCUGUCCAAACAUUAACAGGAACAAUUCCAAAUCUAGAGGAAAAUCUAGCCCUUUCGCAUGCUCUUCAAAAUUAUUUUGUCACAGAAGCAACUCCACUACGAAUUUUAGGUGUUGAUUCAGGUAAAUCUAUUGAAAUAGUUUCGGAUAAGCAUCCAAUCUAUCAGCUGACGAACAACUUCACAAAGAGUCCUAUUUGUGCUUCAGAUAGUUUACCUGGAAAAGAAUUGAAUGGUUGUACGCACAGUUGUAGAGAGAAACAGCUUACUAGACAAGAUACUAAAAAAUUACUUGAACCCCUUGGGAGGAAGCUCUGUAAUCAAGCUAUAAAUGUGUUGAAAGGGCAUAAGUUCUCUAGUCUGUUUUUAGAGAAGCUACCAAACAGUAUUCUAAAUUCUUCAUUAGCUUCUGACUGAAUUUGUAUUGUAGCAUUCACAGUUCAUGCGUGCUCUUGUCAUUGUGCCAUACCCGAAUUUCUUUGAAAUAGACUUGAUCUUGAAAAUUCA